UAACUUCAUUACCGAACGAUAUAAAAAAAGAAGAUAAAAGGUUAUUUGUUAUUAUAAUGACUUUAAAAGCUGUUUUACGUAUACUUUCUCCGGUAAAAAAGUGUGUUAAUCCCCCCAAAAACCUAUUUCUAUCGAGAUCGUUAAGUUUACGAUUAAAUAACGUUCAACGACCGCCAUUUUCUUUACAUAACAGUCCACAAAUAAGAUAUGUUUCGACGCAAAACGAAAAAGACGUGAAACAAAUUUACUGGGGUAGUUUAACGCCACAAAUAAAAGCAGUGAAGAUUUUCUCCUUAUCUUCUAGUUUGGUGGGAGUAAUAUCCCAGCCUUUCUUAUAUAAGGAGAUAGCUUCGACGGGUAACGUGCCGGUUAUAGUAGCGGCUUAUACGGCUAUAGGAUUUUUUACAGUCGUUACCCCAAUAUUGUUACAUUUUAUAACCAAAAAAUACGUCACGCAUUUGAAUUAUAAAAAAGAUACUGAUAGUUAUGUAGCGAAAACUGUUAAUUUCUUCUGCGUGACCAAAGAGACCGAAUUUACGCCCGAAGACGUAUUGGUACCAGACGUACCCGGUAUGUUUACCACUAUAAAAGUAAAGGGUAAACCCAUGUUCAUAGAUCCGAGGAUGUUCGAUUAUCCCGAACAUUACGCCAGGAUAAUGGGUUAUGACAAACCGUUGGAUUUAAAAUUGUAUCGAACGUCUGAAAAUAAAAAAUAAUUUAUU